CAAUGGGUUGUUAUGUUAUACAAAUAUUAUUCUUUAUUGUCCAACUCUUUUGGUACGAAAUUUUAAAUUCUAAUAUUCGAUGUCUUAACAUUUUAACAAAAGUCAAUAAUAAAGUGUUAUUUCACCCUUAUACUUAUAGUGAAAAGACCAGCAUCAGUGUUCAAGAAAGAAGAUGCACUUAGAGAAGGACCUCAGCUUGUAAAAGAGGCCCUAGAAGAAGCUGCUGAGUAUCCUCCUUGGCUGCUGAAAUUUGGGAGCAUGACCACACCAGGAAACACAGCAGCAAGAGUAGCAUCAGAUGUUGUGGGUAUUGCGGAAACACCAACCUGUAUCAGUUUCAUCUUAGCUUUGUGUGCUCUACUGUGGCCGGUUAUCAUUGCUGGGGAUAAUUCUGUUCUCUGUAAUGCAGCCAAUGAGGCAAUGUUUGCAGAAUAUUACAAGAUGUGCACUGGUGAUGACUUCUACAGUUUGUGGGAUUCAUUCAUGGCUACCAUUGGGCAGUUACAGUGCCCUUUGCUGUAUCAAUUUGUAACUGAGAAACUUUUUGUGGGAUUGUUAACAAAAAAACACAGUGUCGAUGCCCCCCGUUCAAGUGCCAGUAGUGUAGACAUAACUAUAUCUAACACUGAAAAGCAGGUACUCAGGUACGUUGCUGGGUUCAUCCCACAUGCACUGCUAAGACGCUAUAAAAGGUACAACAAUAGAACCGCUCAACUCUAUGUAGCUGUUCUGCAGCAAUGGAAAGUUUCAGCUGUAACGCACACACAUACCACUUUUCUGCAAUAUACUGAAGGAUGGGUUAAUGCAGUAAAUCGCGGGGGGCUAUUUGUUGUCACUGAUGAAGUAUACCUAUUCUUCCGUGCUGUAGAGAAAGUUGUCAGGACCACUGCUAACUUUGAUCAAGUAUCCAAGGGUAAGCUAACUGGGAUUAAAGAGAACAUCAUGAAGAACCUGGAGUCAAGUUUCUUAGUGAACAAAUACUGGUGUACUAUUGCCUCAAGUAUUGCAAAUGAGAAGGCCAGUAUUAAAUUGUUGGAGACAGUCCUGAUCUAUUAUGUGAACCUAAGAUGCCGGUCAUUUGCAGAUGCGUAUAAUCUUGUUACAAGACAUAAAGACAAUGAAGGCGCAUCUAAGAAGGGUGAAAAGUCCCUUAGAAAAUCACUGAACUGAACCUCUUAUUGCCUUCUUGUAUAUAAGGCAGUGUUUGU